CCCUCCCUCCUGCAUGCCGGGGAAAGAGUCCAGUUAUGCGGGACGCAGGCAGGGCUCGGCCAACUUCCACACUCAAGACGCUCGGAAAAGUGAAACUCCGCCAGUAGAAUUCCGUCACCGCUCGGCGCUUCCCUAAUCGGAGUCGGUGUGUUUUUGAACGCUUUUACGUGAAUUCCGAAGAGCGGCUGCCAGUGAGCGAAGUUGCCCGCAAAGUGGCGUGCAAUGCUGGGGAAGACGACUUCGACGAGGAACCUGCGCUGACCAGAUUUUGACGUUUCAUUUUUUUUUUUUUUUGCCUGCUCUUGUGUCGACACUAUUCUUCUUCUUACCUUGGUGUUCUUUACCCAUCUACCACUUUUGGAAAUGCCUGGGAAAAGCAAAUACAACCUUGUGGAUGAUGGACAUGAUCUGAGGAUCCCGCUGCACAACGAGGACGCCUUCCAACAUGGAAUCAACUUCGAGGCAAAGUACAUCGGCAGCCUUGACGUGACACGACCGAGCAGCCGAGUGGAGAUCGUGGCUGCUAUGAGAAGAAUUAGGUAUGAGUUCAAGGUGAAAAACAUCAAAAAGAAAAAGGUCAGCAUCAUGGUGUCUGCUGAGGGAGUCAAAGUCACCAUAAGAAAAAAGAAAAAAAAGAAAGAGUGGAUGUGGGAUGAAAAUAAAAUGAUGGUGAUGCAAGACCCCAUUUACAGAAUAUUCUAUGUGUCUCAUGACUCCCAGGAUCUGAAAAUAUUCAGUUACAUCGCCAGAGAUGGACACAGCAACGUCUUUCGAUGUAAUGUUUUCAAGUCCAAAAAGAAGAGUCAGGCCAUGCGCAUUGUUCGGACCGUCGGCCAGGCAUUUGAGGUUUGUCACAAACUGAGUCUGAAGAGCGCACAGCAAAACACGGAUGGAAAGGUGGACUGCCAUGGUGAAAGUAAUGGCAAUGACCCCACCAUCACUGCUGUAUGUAUAUGUGCUUUAGUUGGCUCAGCUCAGGAAGUACCGGAUGUAGAGAAGACUACAACUGCUACCGAGGAGACAGACAUUGAUGCUGAUGAGGCAAACCAAAUACCAAUCUCAGAGGAACUAAACAUCAACAGAGGGGUGACCGAUCUGGAUGCCACAGCCAAGACAUCAGACCCCAACCACUCAGACAACAAGGCUUCAGAAGAGGCCUCCUUGCUGAUGUCCAGCCCCAGAAUGCUGCUCCCUGCAUCAAGUGUACUAUCACCUGGUACCCCUUUGUCCAUACACCACCAGAUUCAACUGCUCCAACAGCAGCUUCAGCAACAGCAGCAGCAAACACAGGUGUCUGUGGCACAGGUUCACCUCUUGACGGACCAACUAAGUGCAGAAGCUACAGCUCGACUGGAGGCCCAGGCUAGAGUUCAUCAGUUACUGCUGCAAAACAAAGAUCUGCUGCAACACAUCUCGCUGUUGGUUAAACAGAUCCAGGAACUCGAGACCAAAAUCGCAGGACCUAACUCCAUGGGAUCCCUGGACAGUUUGUUGGAGAUCACUUUCCGCUCCACUGUGCCCCCGGUAAUCUGUGACCCGACUACCCCUAAACCAGAGAUGUCUGCCCUGAACUUACCCCAGCUUUGCUCCACUGACGGAACCAGCAACGCCUUUGCGACUUCCCACGGGACUCUGGGAAGCCCACUAGUUGAUCAAAGUAUGUUUGAGAAUUCUGUUGCCCGGCAACAGAGUCCUCAGAUCCCCAGGCAAGGCCAGCCCCCUGCAAAACGAUCCCCGGCAUCCCCAAACUCCAACCUGAGCGCCUGCUCCUCUGAUUCUCCUUCCUCUGGAGGUCAACAGAGGCUAAAAAAUGCGUUUAAUCUUGGGAAGGCUGUUGGUGCAAAGGUCAACGACCUAUUGAGAAGGAAGGAGUCCAGUCAUGCUGGGGACAUUGGGGUCACCGAGGUCAACAAGAACGUUGGUGCUGUGUGGAGUCGCAUGGAAAUUGACCAAAAUUCUACAAACAGUCUUAUGGCUUUUGACACCAUCCCUCGCUUGGACCCACCACCGCCGUCAGGAAAGAAGCGGCUCCCUCGGGCGUUAAAGACCACCCAGGACAUGAUGAUCUCGUCUGACCCUGUGGUCUCCUCUCUGGACGCAGCAGACCCGUCCUCGCCGCCCUCCUCCCCUGACAAGACACCGCUUAUCGCCAAAGAGGAGCCAAGGAGCGUCAAUGAAGUGCAGAAGAGAGAGCUGGAUGACGCGUCGGCAGAGAUCAGCUCUACUGAUGACCAAGCCGAUGAGACCGAAACGGGCAGCGAUGGAAGAGUCGAUACAGUGAGAGACGAACCAAGUGGAGGAGAUGCAGAGGAACACCAGCUCCACCUCUCUGUGCCAGACCUCAUCAACAAAGAUCCCCCACUGCUGGAGCCCAGAGUUAAGAAGUCUUCAGGUCCGGACUCCAGACUUGCCUCCACCCCGAACACUGGGGACACUCCCUGCCGUAUCAGCCUGGGUGAGGAGGCCCUGUUGGCCAAUGGCAGCCCCUGCUGGAAAGACAAUGGAGUGGGUGUUGAUGACGCAGAAUCGCACCCAGACCUGCUGUCCUUUGAAUAACCGGUCCAUGGAUAACAUCUCAGUGUGAGUCACACCUGUCUUAAUAUCCCUUCAGAAUGUAGUUCCAAUACGCUCUUACAUUAAUUCCAUCGCGCUAUAUCGACCACUUCAAGAAAAGUGAAUUGAGAAACUAUUUCAGAAGCCAAAUAUGAUUUUGUGUUACGGUCGGGGGGUCGCAGCUUACUGCGAGAUCCGUUCCCCCGGGAUCAAACGGACGACUCCGGACAGGACUUCCAGGUAGGAACAUGAUUUAUUCCUCGAAAAUCAAAGAGAUAUAAAAAACAGGAAACAAGCUGACGGAAAAAUGUGCCGAUCGCACUGGAAGCUAAGGCUACCACUUAGCAUGGAAUAGAGACAGUCAAUACUCACGUAACUUGUUGCAUAAGCAAACAAAGAAGCCAGGACGAGUGUGGUGAGAGAGGUGAAUAAAUAGCUCUCUGAUUAGUGGUCGACUGCAGGUGAGCGUGCCGACCACUAACCAGAGGCAGGUGAACCCAAUUAAACCCCAUAGAAACCAAAACAAACCCAGAGGUGCACAAAACAGGAACUUAGGGAGUCCAGAAAUAACAGAACACAACAAAAACAUGAUCCGGGCCACGGAUCAUGACAUUUUGAUUAUCUUUUGCAGCUUUUUGAAUGCAGACUAGCAUUUGAACGACCGACUGCUUGGUCGGACUUUUAACAUUGAUAUAGUAAUAAUGACUAUACUAUAAUAACCGUGUACUAAAUUAACACAACUGGAAAUCAGAUCAACACUGUUGAUGCUGACUGUUGUUCUCUCCUUGUUUUAGAAUUUAAGUUUCAUUUAAAUUUCUGGCAACGAGCGAUCGCACAACAAGAGACUGACAAACACUGCAGACGUUUUGUUCUUUCUGGCCAUUUUCAGCCUGUGAACAAACUGCGCCAUGCAAAGGAGAGUCGAUAUAGCUUUUAAAUGCUUAUAUACACUCAUAUACAUGUAAUUCAAAUAUCAUAAUCGUUUGUCACAUUGACUUAAGGGAACUUAGUUGCUUAACUAGGAUACACACAUUAUCAUUCUGUAUGUAUGUUUGUAUGUAAUAUUAUAGAUUGUUAUAUGUUACAGACCCCACAUUUUUUGAUGGUACUGCACACCAUACACAUAACCAUUCUGACCCAACACCGAUUUAGAAUCUCACAUGAUCUUAGGGCUGGAUGAUUAUGGCAAAAUCCCGAUUAAUUCUACCUCGAUUUCCGUUAAUACAUGAUUAUUACACUCUCAACUCCUACUCUACUUUUGGGGCAACAUCAUUCCUGAUGUAGCCAAAAUAGUGUCCAAACUCACACAGAAUUUUCCCAUGAAGCUUCUGCGUGGUGGUUUUGGGACACUUGGUGCAUUAGUAGAGAGAGAAUAACAGUGGAUACUCGAUUUACGAACGUCAUUGGUUCUCGAACAGGGUUCGUAAAUAGAAACAUGUGUAUAUUGAAACACACGUCUCCAUAAGAAACUAUAGAAACACUAACAAUGAGUUCCAGCCUCGACAAAGGUCCAUAUUUUAGUAAAAGUUUGUAGACUUUGAACAUAAUAUAAGGUGUUAUACAGUACAGUACAAACUCCAUUUACAAACUUAAGUGGUUCUUGAACAUGGUUCGUAAACCGAAAAGUUUGUAUAGUGAAGCUGAGUUCCCUAAAAUUGGUCCUUGCCUCGACAAAAGUCCCUAUUUUA